UUUUUUUUUAACUCCAUUUCUCCAACGACGACCGUCCCAUUGCUAGUCUCCUAACUCUGUCUUAUCGUCAUCUCCCAUAGGUGAGUUUGGUUGUUUUGUUUUCCACUGAGAUCAUUACCUCCUACCCCACCAUCCCACUAUUUUGUUACGGUAACCAUGACCCCUCCAUGGCAAAGAGAGAGGAGGACGAGGACGAUCAGGAAACUCGAUCAUCGUUCUAUCGUGCCUCGUCGUCAUACCACAAUCGUCUCAUCUUAAUUGACAUCUCCCUGAAUGUCGUUGUAACUGUUCCUGACUCUCGGUCAACUGAAAUUGAAUCUCCCCACCACUGCCUCUACCUUGUACUCCGUCACUGAACCAUCCGAUCAUUCUUUUUGGGUCGUCGGUGAACACAACCCCCGCUGCUAGUCUCCUCCCAACACCGAUCCAGAACUGUUUUGAUUUUCCAUUCCCGUCGUUUAUAUCUGUCGUCCCUCCUCCCUUCCUUUCUCUUUUCUUCUGUCCUCCAAAUUAGUCGACUGAACAAUUCCUCAGCUCGUCAAAAUGCCUAUCACCAAGAUCCACGCCCGCUCUGUUUACGACUCCCGCGGUAACCCUACCGUUGAGGUGGACGUUGUCACCGAGACUGGUUUGCACCGCGCUAUCGUUCCCUCUGGAGCUUCCACUGGCCAGCACGAGGCUCACGAGCUCCGUGACGGUGACAAGACCCACUGGGGUGGAAAGGGUGUCCUCACGGCUGUCAAGAACGUCAACGAGACCAUUGCCGACGCCGUCAUCAAGGAGAACCUUGAUGUCAAGGACCAGUCCAAGGUCGACGAGUUCCUCAACAAGCUUGAUGGAACUGCCAACAAGUCUAAACUCGGUGCUAACGCCAUCCUCGGUGUCAGCUUGGCCAUUGCCAAGGCUGGUGCUGCUGAGAAGGGUGUCCCUCUCUACGCUCACAUCUCCGACCUCGCUGGUACCAAGAAGCCCUAUGUGCUUCCUGUCCCCUUCCAGAACGUCCUGAACGGUGGCUCUCACGCUGGUGGCCGUCUGGCUUUCCAGGAGUUCAUGAUUGUUCCUUCCGCUGCCCCCUCUUUCUCUGAGGCUCUCCGCCAGGGUGCUGAGGUCUACCAGAAGCUCAAGUCUCUCGCCAAGGCGAAGUACGGCCAGUCUGCUGGCAACGUUGGUGACGAGGGCGGUGUUGCUCCCGAUAUCCAGACUGCUGAGGAGGCUCUUGACCUCAUCACCGACGCCAUUGAGCAGGCCGGUUACACUGGCCAGAUGAAGAUUGCCAUGGACGUUGCUUCCAGCGAAUUCUACAAGACUGAUGUCAAGAAGUACGAUCUUGACUUCAAGAACCCCAACAGCGACUCCUCCAAGUGGCUCACCUAUGAGCAGCUGGCCGACCUCUACAAGUCUCUUGCCAGCAAGUACCCCAUUGUCAGCAUUGAGGACCCCUUCGCUGAGGACGACUGGGAGGCCUGGAGCUACUUCUACAAGACUUCUGACUUCCAGAUUGUUGGUGAUGACUUGACCGUCACCAACCCUCUGCGGAUCAAGAAGGCCAUCGAGACCAAGGCUUGCAACGCCCUUCUUCUCAAGGUCAACCAGAUCGGUACCCUUACUGAGUCCAUUCAGGCUGCCAAGGACUCCUACGCCGACAACUGGGGUGUCAUGGUUUCCCACCGUUCCGGUGAGACUGAGGAUGUCACCAUUGCCGAUAUCGCUGUCGGUCUCCGCUCUGGCCAGAUCAAGACCGGUGCUCCUGCCCGUUCCGAGCGUCUGGCCAAGCUGAACCAGAUCCUCCGUAUCGAGGAGGAGCUUGGUGCCAACGCCGUCUAUGCUGGCGAAAAGUUCCGCACCGCUGUCAACCUGUAAAUGAACCGUAUGAUUAUAUGACGUCCGCCAACCAACCUUGCACAUUAUCGAAGAUGGUUGGACUCGGGACCGCACUGCAUACCCGGGUUCCCGCUACUUGGAGCCUCUACAGCACUACAGAUGAUAUUCUCUUAAGAUUUAUGAUGACGAUUCGAUUAGGCCAGAUAUAGUGGCAGUAAUGCAAUAAAAGUGCAAUUCAAAAAAAAAAAAACCCCCCCCCUCUAAUGUAGACCGUCUCUAGUAGCUAUAGUCUACCAGUAUAGAUCUAUACUUUAUGAUGAUGUUGUCACCGGGUGUCUGAUGAAUGGGCGUGAACUGUAUCAGUACACGUGACCGCUAAUAGCCCCACCACCAGAUUGUUUUAUCAUGAAGUUAUUGUGAGGGACGGCUCACUCGCCCACAUUAAACUCGCCUUCGGGUUAUUGAUUCACCCACGACGAGCCUCUUGCUGAGAUACACGGCACUUACUUGCCCUGUUAUCGAGUCAUUAGAAGUUUGAAGCUUUUGCCGCUUUAUACAUUCUUCACUAGCCAUGGCGCCCGAACGGUGGGGUAAGGAUAUCUGAAAUUUGUGGCCUUCUGCAUACAGUCUGCUUUUUUUUUUUUUUUUACCAAAACACUUUACUGACAGUUCCCACUUUUCUUUCGCAG